AAGCCACUCAGAAUGAUCCCAGGAGGCUUGACAGAGGCCAGACCGGCCACGCCAGAAAUCCAGGAGAUUACUGAUAAGAUCAGAGAAAAGCUAGAAGAGAAAACCAACGAGAAAUAUGAAAAAUUUGAAGCCACCGAGUAUAAAAGUCAAGUCGUCGCUGGAAUCAAUUACUUCAUUAAGGUGGAUGUCGGCAAUGGUAACUACGUACACGUGAAAGUCUUUCAAGGUCUUGCCGGACAAGAUGAGGAUUUGGUGCUUAGUGGUUACCAGACUAACAAAACCAAGGAUGAUGAGAUCACCUACUUCUAA